AAAUAAAACGAUAAUAAAUAUCAAAACAAUGGCAGAAGAAAGUAAUACCGAUGGUUUACAACUGAAUAUGAAAAAUAAAACUAAAAGUGCAUCUAAGGAACGUGAACAUAUUGUUUUGAAUCCUAAAUAUUUAAUUAGUCAUUCAUUCAAACCUAAAAGCCCUAACUGGUUUGAUUUAUGUGAAAAAAUUGAAAGUGAGAAUGAAAUGUAUGUGAAUAUAAGAUCUGAGAACAAAAAGAACAAAAACGAUUCAGAAUUUCAACAAGAUAACAAUUCUAAACAAAUAUUAUGGAGUAUUGGUAGUUCUGGUAUAUCAUGUAUAGAUUUGAAAUCAAACAAGGUUAUGGAUACUACUAAACUAUGGAAAGAUACUACAUCCGAGAAUAGCGCAAAAUUAUUGGACUAUAAUAAUAAUACAGUAAAGAAUAUUGCACACCAAGCACAUAAACAAUUAGUUUUUCAAACACAAGAAUUUGAUUUUGAUUCUGAUUAUAAUUCUGAAUAAAAAAGUA